AUAUAACAGAACAUGUAAGAUACUUGUAUUUAACCGCGGAAGGUUUAAAGAAGAAUUUAGUCAGUGUCGAAUAUUUGUGAAACAUAUUGACUGAAGAACACUCAUUACACUGCGUUUGUACAAAAUGGCUACGUACAAGGUGUCAUAUUUUGAUGGCAAAGGAAGAGGGGAAAUUAUUAGACUGGUUUUCUCGGCGGCAGGAAAGAACUUCGAAGACCAUAGAGUGAAGGGAGAAGAUUGGCCAAAAUUUAAACCCGAGACGCCACUUGGUCAAAUGCCAGUUCUAACAGUGACUAAAGGCGGGAAGAAAUCUUUGCUCUGCCAGUCGGGGACCAUCGCUAGGAGCUUGGCUAGAGAGUUCGGUUUGGGAGGUCAAGGUAGCGAGGAGCAGCAGCUUGUAGAGGAGGUGUUUGACACGGUUGGGGAUGUACAUACCGCCGCCUUCAAGUUCUACUUCGAAAAAGACGAGAAAAGCAAGGCGGCCGCUAAGACAGAUGUUGUUGACAACCACAUCCCAAGAUUGGGCAAUUACAUCAGCAAACGAAUGAAGGAGUACGGAAAGAAUGGAUUUAUCAUUGGCUCUAAGUUAUCACUGGCUGACCUAGCCUUAUUUAACAUCGUUGACCAGUCCAGCGAUAUGGGUUUAGGGGACGCCUGGGCGAAGUUCCCGGAUGUUGCUGCGCACUCCAAAAAAGUGCAAGGAGAAAAGAAUGUGUCGGCUUAUUUAGCUAAGCGUUCAAAAUAACUGUUCAAUGGCAUUAUCAUGUAUAGUUAUUCAUACACCUAGUCUUGAUUCAUCCAACAAUGCCAUAGCUGAAACAUGACAGUGUGCCAUUUUAUCUGUGAACGUUGAUAUUUUUGUGUUGUUCACUCAGUUAACGUUCCGGGUAAACAUAUUUUAUAUUUGAACAAUUUUGUUUAGUGAACUUCUAUUUAUAGCUGUUGUAUGCGUUGAAUAAAACGCGUAAACGUU